AUGUCCUCAAACUUUGACUUUACAGACAAGGCUCAGCAGACAAUAGCCGACUCUAUUCAGUUGGCCAAAGACUAUUCCAAUGCCCAAGUAACGCCCGCCCAUAUCGCAUUUGUCCUCGUAAAUGAGGGUAUGGGGGAGGCAAUGCCAGGUGCACCAACAGCAUCUGCCUCGUCCCAACAGGGGCUAUUUACCUCCGUGAUACAACGUGCGGGUGGUGAUCCGAUUGCCAUUCGUCGAGGCAUUCAGAAACUCAUCGUCCGACUACCCCAGCAAAGCCCACCGCCCGAUGAAACCAGCUUCAGCGGCACUGCUCUCAAAGUCCUCAGGGAGGCCCAGUCGCUCCAAAAGACCAUGCACGACUCUUACAUCGCUCAAGACCACCUCCUUCUCGCUUUAUUGAAGGAUUCAUCAAUAGAGGGCAUUCUGAAGGAGAACAACUUGACCCCCGCCUCCCUGAAGACUGCCAUCGAGCAAGCGCGGGGUAAUCGUCGCGUCGAAUCCAAGAGUGCUGAGCAGGGCUUCGAUGCCUUGCAGAAGUACGCUGUUGACCUCACCGCUCUCGCUGAAGAGGGAAAGCUUGACCCUGUUAUCGGCCGCGAUAACGAAAUUCGCCGUGCCAUCCGUAUCCUGUGUCGAAGGACCAAGAACAACCCCGUUCUCAUUGGUGAGCCAGGUGUCGGUAAGACCGCCAUCGCCGAAGGUCUCGCACAACGUAUAGUCAAGCGCGAUGUCCCUGCCAGUCUCAUCGCCCGACUCUAUUCUCUCGACAUGGGUGCCCUCAUGGCCGGUGCAAAGUACAAGGGAGAGUACGAGGAGCGUAUCAAAUCUGUUCUCAACGAGGUCGAGAAGGCAUCAGAAGAGGGCGGUCCUGGCGUCAUCCUUUUCAUCGACGAACUCCAUCUCAUCAUGGCCGGACGAGGCGCAGAAGGUGGCGGCAUGGACGCUGGUAACCUUUUCAAGCCUCUCUUGGCCCGCGGCAAGCUUCGUUGUAUCGGUGCUACCACCCUUUCCGAGUACCGCAAGUACAUCGAAACCGACCCCGCUUUGGAACGACGGUUCGCUCAGGUCAUUGUCAACGAACCUUCGGUUCCCGAGACCAUCAGCAUCCUUCGUGGUAUUCGUGAGAAGUACGAGGUUCAUCACGGUGUCCGAAUCCUCGACGGUGCUUUGAUCUCGGCUGCUACCCUCGCUCAUCGAUACCUCACUCAACGACGACUUCCCGACUCUGCCAUCGACCUGGUCGACGAGGCCUGUGCCAAUGCUCGAGUGCAGCGAGAAACCCAGCCGGAAGAGAUAGACAAACUUCAGCGACGCAAGCUAGAAAUCGAGGUCGAAAUCCACGCUCUCGAACGGGAGAAAGAUGCUGCUAGCAAAGAACGCCUCAAGGUUGCCAAGAAAAACAUCUCCGAGAUUGAGGACCAGUUGAAACCUCUCAAGGCUCACUACGAAGCCGAGAAGCAACGUGGCGAUGAGAUCAACCAGGUUAGGAGGAAGAUCGACGAACUUAAGGCCAAAAUUGAGGAUGCAGAGCGAAGGUACGACCUCGCCACCGCAUCCGAUUUGCGAUACUACGCCAUUCCUGACCUCCAAGCCCGCUUGGAGAAGCUUGAGCAGCAGAAGGCUGCCGAGGCUGCUGAAGGGACUGGGGCAGACGUUGUUACUCCCGACUCCAUUGCUGAUAUCGUCGCCAGAUGGACCAAUAUUCCGGUAACCCGUCUGGUCACCACCGAGAAGGAGAAGCUGUUGCGCAUGGAGAAGAUCUUGUCGGAGAGUGUUAUCGGCCAGCAGGAUGCAGUCAAGUCUGUGGCCAAUGCUAUCCGCCUGUCUCGAAGCGGCCUUUCCAACCCGAACAGACCUAUCGCCAGUUUCUUGAUGGCUGGGCCUUCGGGAACAGGUAAGACGCUCAUGGCAAAGACGCUCGCCACAAUCUUGUUCGACUCUCCCGAUGCCAUGAUUCGUAUCGACGCCUCUGAAUACUCCGAGAAGCAUUCCAUCUCGCGGCUCAUUGGCUCUCCUCCCGGUUAUGUCGGCUAUGACCAAGGUGGCCAACUUACAGAAUACGUGCGCCGAAAACCAUACUCCAUCAUCCUCAUUGAUGAGAUUGAGAAGGCCUGUCGGGAAUUCGUCACUAUAUUCCUACAAGUCCUUGACGAUGGUCGCCUGACGGACGGUCAAGGUCGUGUGGUGGACAUGAAGAACACUGUGAUUAUCAUGACCUCCAACUUGGGCGCCGCCUACCUUCAUGAUAUGCCAGAAGGACCCGUCUUGCCGGAGACUCGCUCGCUGGUUAUGGGUGCCAUAACUGCGCAUUUCCCUCCCGAAUUCAUAAACCGUAUCGACGACAUCAUUGUCUUCCGCGCUCUUUCCCACAAGGACAUCCUCAAGAUUGUCGACCUUCGCCUCAAGGAGGUUGAAGAUCGCCUGGAAGACAGGAAGAUUAAACUCGACCUUGAUGCCGAUUCGAAGCAGUACCUCAUGUCCAUGGGCUAUUCGACGCAAUUCGGUGCUCGUCCUCUAAACCGUGCGAUUCAGAGUGAAUUGCUGAACCCUCUCUCUGUGCACUUGCUGGCUGGCCGAGUGUUGCCAAACGAGACCGUCAAAGUCCGCUUCGAUGGACCCCACAACCGGUUACAAGUCAUUCCCAACCACGAGGGCGAGAUGAAGGAGGAAUGGAUGGAUGUUGACACGGACUUGGACGAUGGCAUCGAGAUUGAGGAGAUGGAUUAAGAACUUGGUUCAUUAGUACAGGGCGCGAUUCAUGGUCAUUAAAAAAAGCUUUAGAACAUUGUAAAACAGUUCCGUCUGCAUUUGUAUAUUAGUCGCAUGUUAUAUGUCCAUUUUCUUUUUCUU